GGGGUGGGCGGGGCUUCCGGAGCGGGCGGAGCGCGCGGGAGAUCUAGCAAGGCGGCUGAGCCGGCCGGAGAACCGACCCGCGAGCGGCCCGACGUGGAGCUACGGAGGAGGGCUGAGGUAGUCCAAGUCGACAGCAAGCACGUUGAAAUGUGUUGCCGUCACUGUCUCUAGAAGUUCUUCGUGCUCGUGGUGAACCCAGUGAGGAAAUGGACUUGGAUCAACUGGACCUAAACCCCAGAAUUACUGCUGCAGUUAAGAAGGGUAGAUUGAAGUCGGUGAAGGAGGUUCUGUGCUACUCGGGACCAGAUUUGCAGAGGCUCACCAGCCUGCCCACCCACGACGUGCAGCAUCUGCUGAGAGCGGCUGCUCUGCACCUUCAGGGCAGCCGUGUCCUUACAGCAUUGCAGCUGUUCCAGCAGAGGGAGCGCUUCCCUGAGCAGCAUCAACGCCUGAGCCUGGGCUGCCCUGUCCUGGAUCAGUUCCUUGGUGGAGGCCUGCCCCUGGAGGGCAUCACUGACCUGGCUGGCCGCAGCUCGGCAGGGAAGACCCAGCUGGCGCUACAGCUUUGCCUGACUGUGCAAUUUCCACGGCAAUAUGGAGGCCUGGAGGCGGGGGCCGUCUACAUCUGCACAGAGGAUGUCUUCCCCAGCAAGCGGCUGUGGCAGCUCAUUGAACAGCAACAGCAGCUGCGGACAGAUGUGCCUGGGGAGGUGGUCCAGAAGAUCAAGUUCGGCAACCACAUCUUCAUUGAGCAUGCGGCCGAUGUGGACACCUUGUUGGAGUGUGUGAGUAAGAGGGUCCCUAUUCUGCUGUCAAGGGGAAUGGCCCGCCUGGUGGUGGUUGACUCUGUUGCAGCCCCAUUUCGUUGUGAGUACGAUGUUCAGGCCUUGGCCACCAGGGCCAAGCACCUGCGGUCACUGGGGACCAUGCUCCGAAGACUGAGCAGCACCUUCCGGAGCCCUGUGCUAUGCAUCAACCAGGUGACAGAAAUGGUGGAGGAGCAGGAGUCUAUGCUCAGGCCACUGGGGGCCUGGGAUGAGCACCUCUCUCCAGCCCUUGGCAUCACCUGGGCUGACCAGCUCCUGAUGAGACUGAUGGCUGACCGGGUCCGUGAGGAUGAUGCCACUAUGGGCUUGCCCAGGAGCCCAGCUCGGACUCUACGAGUGCUCUUCGCCCCCCACCUGCCCCUCUCUUCCUGUUGCUACACAGUCGGUGGGGAAGGCAUUAGAGGGAUACCAGGAACUGAGUCCUGUUAACAGUUGCCCAGCAGAUCACCCUGAUUCUGAUGAGUCCUUCCAACCGUGUUAGCACCUGGUGGACAGAUACCCACUGCCACUUAGCAUCUGCUCUCUCCCUGGGGUUCGCCUACUGCUGAGCCGUGGAGUUUGGCCCCACACACUGCCCUUUAGAGCAGUAGUUCUCACCUGGGGGUCAAACAACUCACAGGAGUCACCUGAGACCAUCAGAAAACACAGAUAUUCACAUUGCGAUUCAUAGCGAUCAAAAUUACAGUUAUGAGGUAGCAAUGAAAUAACUUUGUGGUUGGGGGUCACCACAACUUGAGGAACUGUAUUUAAGGGUCACAGCGUUGGAAGGUUGAGAACCACUCUCUUAGAAGAUGAAUGACCCACCAGGGGCUCUGGCAGCCCCAGGGCGUCUGUUUGGGAGCUGCUUAAUGAUAAGGCUCAGCUCUUGUCUCCUCUGCUUCUGCCUGGGGCCGAGUCAGCAGCUGGCCUGGUGGUGCCUCCUCUCCUGCAGGAUAGUUUUAACCCACACAGCACACACACACAGGCAGUGAUGCCCACCACUCAGGACAAAUGGGGCACACAAUGAGAUACUUCCCUGCUGUGCCCCUCCCCACACACAUACAACAUUGGGGGCGGAGCAAACAAGCUGACCCUCGUUCCAGAACAGUCUCAGGAAAGGAGGUGGGACUGGUCUAACCUGCUUGCCUCACCUUCCUUAGGCUAAGUAGCUCAGCAGACAGAAGUAACAUCUGCUCUGUACCCCAGAAUCACCACUUCUGGACUUGAGGCUCUACAGUCACCAAGGAAAUAUGGCCUCUGAAGACAGGGCUGUGGUUUAAACCUGUCCUGUGCUUCCAGAUGAUUCCUGGCAGCACAGGCUUCCACCAGCAAAUGUGCCACAUGGGCCUCACCAAGGAGUCCUGCUGCUCCAGUGUCGUGUGACUCCUCAAGCUGGGACUUACACUGUCACUGUCCCCACUCAAAUAGGGGAACAGACCACAUACGGUAUAUACCAUGACAUCUUCAGGAUAGCCCCAGGCUGUAUGAAGCUCGUCAAAGCUGUCUGCGACCCCCACCCUUUUUGGCAAUUCUGGAGCCUGAACCCAGGAUCUCCUGCAUGCAAGACAAGUGCUCUGCACUGAGCUACAGCCCAGCCCCAGUGCUGCCCUGAAAGGUUGAGAACACUGGCAUAAAUGAUGGGGCACGGCUACUUGGGGUGGGAGAAGUUUAUACAAAAUAGCCUCUCUGCAAAACUGGAGGGCUUUAUAUCAGGAAAUAAAGCUUUAUUUUGGUAACAAAGUACUGACAAUUCUAAGUUUUCUAAAUAGAUUGUAUUAAAAAUCAGAAAACACAGUUCCAAAAUGGUACACUUAGAAGACAUGCCCAAUGCUCCCAGGACCUGUAUCCACCAGCUAGGUCAAGGGGCCCUGCAGGGCCACCCCAACAGUGGGCCACCUGAUAAAUCCAUCUCUGGGUUGACUGUAGCAGCUAGCUGCCCAGACCACUGCUGCCACUGAGCUGGCAGGCCCUGCGCCUGCUCCUCCUGCAUUAUGCGCCAUCCUACUGCUCAGGAAUGAGCGUAGAUGAAUGCAGGAGACACAAACUAGGUCCACAUGCCCCAUAGGCCUACAGGAACUAUAAGCAUGCAUUUCUAGCAAUUAUUUCAUAUAUACUACUGCACUGACUUUCUCAGGCUGGCAAGAGGCUUAAAGGGUAAAGACACUUGCAGUACAAACUGGCAACCUGAAAUCACUCUCUGGAAGGAGGAGAUCCGUAAACACAGCCAUGCUUGCACACACACUGACUUUCUAUGUAAAAUCCCCAGCAAUUUUCCAGAAAAUUCCUGAGCCCUUCUGACACUAAACGCUUAGGACUACACCAACCCAGAAGCAUUCAGUUGCCUGCUGUGCCCAUCACCCGUGAGCUUCCCUGCAAUAGCCCCACAAGUCGCUGACACCUCUCUCUCGGGAGCCCUCACCAUAGAGAACACGGUGAAAAGGGGCAGUGGACCCUGCUUGUCUCCUGACAACAUGGACUGCAACUGAACCUGGCACCAUGUUGACUGCAUUCAAACUCCCAGAGUGCUGCUCUCCAGUACAGUGCCCAACUAGUCAGCCAUUCCAUUUGCUCCAAGGUUCUCUACCUUCUGCAGGCUUGGGUUCCAGGAGGCCAAUACCCACCAGGCUUUCCCUGACAUCUGAGGGACUUGCAAGAGUUUUCCCUGCUUAACCAUCUCCCCAGCUGAUGUGGGAGUGUCAUAUAUCAAUCUGUUGAUUUCAUUGGUUAAGCAAUAAAGA